AUGUUAAAGGUUAGACAUCGACAAUGGAGGUCAAUACCUCCACAGUCACUCCGACUACUACAAUACAACAACAACAACAACAACAAAACAAACACGAUAUAUCAUAGCAAUAGCACUACUAUUACUACCACACGACUACUACUACUACUUUAUUUACUCAUAUGUAUUUCAUAUAUAUAUAAUCCAAAUUCACACAUUGCUUUUGCAUCUUCAACAAACGCCACUACUACUACAACAACUGAAUGUAGUAGUAAUAUUAAUAAUAAUAGUACUACUAAUCAUUAUAGUAAUAACAUAGAAUUUCACCAAAGUCAUUUAAACUUUAUAACAGCGUUAUCAUCUGCUACAACUACAAAUAGCAAUGAACAAAGAAGAUCUUCAUCUUCUACUACUACUACUACUACGACAUCAUAUGAUGAUCAACAACAACAACAAUAUAUAAUAAUGUUUAAAGAAUAUUAUGAUCAAGAUAAACAUUUAAGUUUAUUAAAAUCAAUAUUUAAGAAUAGUAAUAAUAAUAAGAGUGAUAGAUUAUAUCAAUUAAAAUGGAAAUAUAUUAAAAGAGUAAAUGGAGCAUCACAUUUACCAUCAGAUUUUGCUUUGGUAUCAUUUCAUCUAAGGCAUACACAUAAUAAUCAACGGUUUAUAGAUAAUACAAUCAUCAGUCUAAUGAUUGAUGAUAUUGUAAAGAAUCAUUUAGAUAUAAUUAAAUAUAUAUUUCCUGAUCGAAUUAUUAAAGGAGGUCAAAGUCAAUCAAAUGACAACAACCCCGAAACAACGACAACAACAACGCAUCAACAUCAACUAUUUGGAAUGACAAGUAGAACUUUAUUAAAAACACAACAAGAAAUUGAAACAACAAAUGAAAAUAGCAAUGACAAUCAAGAAGAAGAAGAAGAAGAAGAAGAAGAAGAAACGACAUCUUCAUCAUUAAAUCCAACUACAUCUUCAUCAUCUACUUCUAAUAUUUUACAUUUUAAAAAUGGUAGAAUUAAUGAUAAAAUGAUAAAAGAUCAACCAUAUCAAACUGCAGGACCAAGAUAUCCAUCAAGAAGAGAAUUAUUUGAUGCAUCAGACAAACAUGUACUGGUGAGUGAUUUAAUUGGAGCAACUACACUUUGGGAGAUGGGAUACACUGGAACUGGAACGAGAAUUGGUAUUUUUGAUAGUGGUUUCCUAUCAACACUUUCUGGAUCGUUUGGUCAAUCGGUAGAGGUUCAAGACUUUACCGGUGAAGGACAAGAUCAAGAUAAAAUUGGUCAUGGAACUGCUGUCACUAGUAUUAUAGGGUGUUUGCUUGAUCGCAAAUGUCAUGGUAUUGCUAGUGGUGCUACACUCGACAUGUACAAAGUAUUUACACAAAAUGCAGAGUCGAGGACCAGUUGGUUUAUCGAUGGAUUCAAUUUGGCCAUCUCCAAACAAACAAAUAUUAUAAACCUUUCGGUAGGAGGUAAAGACUAUCUCGACAAACCAUUUAUAGAUAAAAUUAAAGAAUUACAUUCACUUGGUAUAAUUAUAGUUUCUGCUUCUGGAAAUGAUGGUCCAAAUUUUGGAACACAUAGUAAUCCAGCAGAUCAAUUAGAAGUAAUUGGAGUUGGAUCAAUAACAGAAAAUUUGGAUAUAGCUAAAUUUUCAUCAAGAGGAUUUACAAAUUGGGAGUUACAAGAUGGACAUGGUAGAUUUAAACCAGAUUUGGUUACUUAUGGAGAAAGAGUAUAUGCAUUGCAAAUGUCAUCUGGAGAGUUGGAAUGUAAAGAGAGAUCAGGUACAAGUUUUUCUGCACCCAUUGUUAGUGGUGCGAUUGCACUAUUACUUAGUAGUUUGACAGAUGCACAGAGAAAACUGGCAACUCCUUCAUUGGUCAAACAAGUUUUAAUAGAGAGUUCACAUGUUUUAAAGAUUCGUGGUGGCAGUAAAAAACUUAGUUUAUUGGAACAGGGUGGAGGUGUGUUGGAUGUAGUCAAUGCACAUCGUAUCUUGUCCAAACGAUUGAGUUCGAAAAAAGAGGCAGAUCGUAAGAAAUUCACUGUUCAUCCACCAGCCAUCUCGUUUGGUUCGGAAGAGUGUCCAUACUUUUGGCCAUACUGUGCACAACCAUUGUAUUAUGGUGCGUUACCGACUGUGGUCAAUGUAUCAUUGUAUGGUAGUGAGACAAAAACAUACAAGGUAAAGAGUGUGGAAUGGUUACCUGAUAAUACAGCUUAUAAUCCUGUUGGGAUUGACUCGUCACAUGCAGAGAUGGUUGGUGCAACUGGACAUAUCGGUCUACACAUCUUUGUACAUACGGCAGUACGUAGUGACACGAAUAUCACUGGACAGGUAGAAAUACACAUUGAAGGCGUACCAAAGUUCUCCAUAUCGAUUCGUGUACCUGUGAUUGUUACACCACCACGCCAACAACGUAUUUUGUGGGACCAAUUCCACAACAUGAAGUAUCCACAAGGAUACUUUCCAAGUGACCAUAUUCUCUAUGACUAUGAUUCGCAGAGUCUCCUCGAAUUGUUUGAUUGGGCACCCGACCACCCUCACAGCAACUUUAAAGGGUUGUUUGAACGGUUACGUGCACGUGGAUACUAUAUGGAGAUAUCGACCAAGCCACUAACUUGUUUUGAUGCUCGUAACUAUGGUACUCUGUUAAUAGUCGACCCCGAAGAAGAGUUUCAUCCAAUUGAAGCUAAAAAGCUUGAAGAAGAUAUUAGCAGUCGAGGACUAAACGUCAUUGUAGUUGGAGACUGGCACAACCACGAUAUGUUGCGACGGUUCACCAUUGACGAUGCCGGAACAAUCUGGAAGCCCGUCACGGGCGGUGCCAACGUCCCUGCCAUCAAUGACCUGCUCUUUCCAUACGGUAUCUUGCUCGGUGACACUGUCUAUGAUGGUGCCAUCACCAUUGGUGACAACCAAACCUACUAUUCUUCAGGCUCCCACAUUAUCGGUUUUCCACACCAAAACAGUGUACUCGUCUAUGCCAAACUCAACGAUCAAUCUCACUAUAUCAUGACCAACGAGAAGCGUAGCAAAAAUAUCCCUAUUCUUGGAUUCCACACACCACCUGUCAUGGAAAUUGACAAGACUCUUCAAGGUUCCGCUACUUUUGAUGAACAACAAGAUAGUGGAGAACAUUGGGACACUGUGAAUUCACAACAAUCAUCACAGUCGCAAUCAUCACAAUCACAAUUGUCAGAUGCAAGUGAUGAAAAUGAUGCAUUGGCAGGGACCAUUGCAGUAUUUGGAGAUUCAAGUUGUUUGGAUCAAUCAACAUUUUGUUUUGAUGGUAACUGUAAUACAAAUGGACAUGCAUCACGUCCAAAUUGCUUUUGGAUGAUUGAAAAGAUAUUCGAAGUGAUUCAUCAUGGUGGAGACCCACACAAGGUGUUUCAUGGAGCAACAGGUGUGUUGGUUGAAGAUAUGUAUCCGACUGAACACGACCCAAACAGUGGUGGUAUUAUCUUUUUACCCGAAAGAUUUAAUAUUGCUGAUCUUGCUAAUCAGUCUCGCAUCAUUCCAGAUGGAUCGGCCGACACUAUGAUCAGUUGUCCUAGUCAUCCACAAAUCAAGAACCCAACCUACCGUAUUUCACUCUACGGUACAAUGAGCCACAUCAAAUUGUCUCCCCACGUACAAUCAUAUGCUGCCGUCGAAUGGAAAGACAGAGUUAUCCCCCAACGAGUCAUCCUAGACAGAGCCGAACAAGCUCAAUACCCAGACCGAAUCCUCUACUAUUACGCCAUCCCCUACUUUUUUGUAAUCAUCAUCUUUUUACUUUUGAUCAUUAGUUUGACUCAAAGUAGAAGAAAGAAACAACAAUUACAACAAUUAUUACAACAACAACAACAACAACAACAAAAAUCAAAGAAAAUUUAUCCAAUCGUCUAA